UGCUUCCGGUCUGGGGAGGCCGACCGGAAGCAGGAAGAAGCGGGACAAGGGGGCGUAGGAUGGUAGCAGACCCGGGAGGUGGCGGCGGCCGUGGGGGAUCGGCGCGGUGGGCCGGGAUGGCGCGGGCGCCCACGCUGCUCGUCCUCCCCGCGCUGCUCCUGGCCCUGACGGCGCCGCCAAGAGGGGCUGCGGAGCUCACGGACGGCAACAACGAGCACCUCAAGCGGGAGCACUCCCUCAUCAAGCCUUACCAGGGGGUUGGCUCCAGUUCAAUGCCCCUCUGGGAUUUUCAAGGGAGCACAAUGCUGACCAGUCAAUACGUUCGACUGACCCCUGAUGAGCGCAGCAAAGAGGGUUCCAUCUGGAACCGAGUGCCCUGUUUCUUAAAAGAUUGGGAGCUUCAUGUUCAGUUCAAGAUCCACGGAGCAGGAAAAAAGAAUCUGCAUGGGGAUGGCUUUGCCUUGUGGUACACUCGAGAGCGCCUUACAGCAGGCCCUGUCUUUGGCAGCAAAGAUAACUUUCAUGGAUUGGCUAUUUUCUUGGACACUUAUCCAAAUGAUGAAGCUACUGAGCGUGUAUUUCCCUAUAUCUCUGCCAUGGUAAAUAAUGGAUCCUUGAACUACGACCAUGGCAAGGACGGACGCUGGACAGAACUGGCAGGCUGCACAGCUGACAUUCGUAACCAGAACCAUGACACAUUUUUGGCCAUCCGCUAUUCUCGGGGGCGUCUCACAGUGAUGACUGAUGUAGAGGAUAAAAAUGAAUGGAAAAACUGCUUUGAUGUUGCAGGAGUUCGAUUACCCACAGGUUACUUCUUUGGGGCUUCUGCUGGUACUGGAGAUCUAUCUGACAACCAUGAUAUCAUCUCAAUGAAGUUAUUCCAGCUGAUGGUGGAGCAUACACCAGAGGAAGAAAACAUUGAUUGGACAAAGAUUGAGCCUAGUGUGAGCCUUCUGAAAUCACCCAAAGACAAUGUGGAUGAUCCAACAGGAAACUUCCGUAGUGGGCCCCUGACAGGCUGGAAGGUGUUCCUGCUGCUGCUGUGCUCAUUGCUUGGCAUCAUUGUGUGUGCCGUGGUGGGCGCUGUGGUCUUCCAGAAACGCCAGGAGCGGAACAAGCGAUUUUACUAGCAAGGGAGUGGGCCAAGUUUUUUACAGGGUUGGGGGGAGGGAGAAUUGUAUAGACUGGUUUCUAAAAGGCUUUCAGAGAAAUAUAUGGAAUAUUUUCAUAUCUUUUUUGUCCUGGAUAUAUUAACCAGGCAACCUGUUGCAAACAAUCCAGAAUGUAGGGUACGAUCCUACUUGGGAGCCUUGGUUUUUUUCCUCUCUUUUGAAUGCUCUUCAGAGCUAUCAACCCUUUUAAAGACAAAAAAGCAAAUAAAAUUGGUUGGAGCUUACAAAUGGUAAGUAUCCUUCUUCCAUGGGGCAUGACUACUUGCCAACUAGAAUCUGCUGAUGCUUCCAACAACAGGACAGUCUUCCCAUAGCCUUGCUGGGGACAGUUUGUUUGGUAUGGCACAUAAACCCACUUGGUUGUUGAACUUUUUAAAGCAUUGUUGGAAGUGAGAUUAAGCUUCCCCAAAAUAACUAGUGGUGAUCACAUUCCCCCCCUUUGGUGAUGGAAAGUACGUUUCCACUGUAUUGGUUUGAAAGGGCAGGAGCUUGAUUUUUUUCCAGUCACUGUGGUGUGUGCGCCACUACUUGAAAUCAGAUGCCUCAUCUCCUGGAGCAUCUGUAAUACAUCAUUCUGGUGACAGGAUUAUACUUUGUCAUAACCACAUAGCUCUUUGUGUUUGCCAGACGAGAGAACAUGUGAAAUAAAAUGGAAAAAUGAUCUUGA